AUGGCAACGGAGACGCUCACUCUACGUCCCGCCACGCAGCAGCGCAAGCUUCCAAAGGCCGCGAAACUCCCUCCUGAAAAUGAACGGUAUAUGCGGGCAUGCUCGGACAUAGCAAAUGCUCUGAUACAGGAUUAUGAAGCCCAGAGGGAUCCCAGCAAGCCGAAGAAAGAUAUCAACCUCAACAAGCUGCGGGGUCAAAUCUCGAAGAAACACAGCUUAAGCACUCAGCCGCCACUUACGGCAAUAAUCGCAGCGGUCCCGGAACAUUAUAAGAAAUAUAUCUUACCGAAACUGAUUGCGAAGCCGAUCAGAACAUCUUCUGGUAUCGCGGUUGUCGCUGUGAUGUGCAAACCCCAUCGAUGCCCUCAUAUUGCAUAUACGGGAAACAUUUGUGUUUAUUGUCCUGGCGGCCCCGAUUCAGAUUUCGAAUAUUCCACUCAGUCGUACACCGGAUAUGAACCCACGUCGAUGCGUGCCAUUCGAGCCCGAUAUGAUCCCUUUGAGCAGGCGCGAGGACGGGUCGAUCAGAUUAGGUCCCUUGGACACAGCGUUGACAAGGUGGAAUAUAUUAUCAUGGGUGGAACCUUCAUGUCCCUGCCAGAGGAUUAUCGAGACGAAUUCAUCUCGCAACUACAUAAUGCGCUCAGCGGGUACCAAACGAACAAUGUUGACGAGGCGGUCCAGGCCGGCGAAAUGAGCAACACAAAGUGUGUUGGGAUCACGAUUGAAACCCGUCCGGAUUAUUGUUUAGAUACGCAUCUGAGCGCUAUGCUCAGAUACGGCUGCACACGAUUGGAAAUAGGUGUGCAGAGUCUGUACGAAGAUGUUGCGCGCGAUACCAACCGGGGUCACACUGUGGCGGCUGUCGCAGAGACAUUCAAGCUGGCGAAAGAUGCAGGGUUCAAAGUAGUGAGCCACAUGAUGCCAGAUCUUCCAAAUAUGGGAAUGGAACGAGACUUGUUCCAAUUUCAAGAAUAUUUCGAGAAUCCAGCUUUCCGGACUGACGGUCUCAAAAUAUAUCCAACACUUGUUAUUCGAGGCACCGGGCUUUAUGAACUUUGGCGGACUGGUCGCUAUAAGAAUUAUACUCCUAACGCCUUGAUUGACAUUGUCGCCCGAAUUCUCGCACUGGUUCCCCCAUGGACUCGCAUUUACCGCGUACAGCGUGAUAUCCCUAUGCCUCUCGUUACCUCUGGCGUGGAAAAUGGUAAUCUUCGUGAACUAGCGCUCAGCAGGAUGAAAGAUUUCGGCACCACCUGCCGGGACGUACGAACUCGAGAAGUUGGAAUUAACGAAGUGAAGAACAAAAUUCGACCUAGCCAGGUCGAGUUGAUUCGACGCGAUUACGUUGCCAACGGCGGAUGGGAGACGUUCCUCGCCUACGAAGACCCGAAACAAGAUAUCCUUAUUGGACUGCUUCGUCUACUUUGGUUCGCGAGCUGCAUGUUUAUGGGUUCAGCUGUCCCCGUUCAUGGUCGCGAUCCUCGAAAGUUCCAGCACCGUGGAUUCGGAACGUUGCUGAUGGAGGAGGCGGAAAGGAUAGCUAGAGACGAGCAUGGUAGCCGAAAGCUCAGCGUCAUAUCUGGUGUUGGGGUCAGGAGUUACUAUGCAAAACUUGGGUAUUGGCUUGAUGGGCCGUAUAUGAGCAAAAUGCUCGAUCCGAUGACGCCAGAGGAUGAUGAAUGCUAA